AUGUCUGAAGAUGAAGAGGAACACAACACAUCACCCACCGUGGAAGCGACGUCCGAGGCUGGAACCAGCUAUCAGGAGAGGCAAGAGGUGUCCGAGAGAAGCAUCAUUGCGGCCGCAGGUUUCGGACUCGACAAGACCGCAUUUAACCGACGCAAAAAGCGGGAAGCCACGUCAUUUCUUGGUCCUACAAGAGAGCCGUCUAAGCGCCAACGGAAGGCUUCCGAAUCAGGAAUAGGGGAAGAACUCGGGGGGGGUGGAGCGGCGCAGUACCACAGACGUCAGCGCGACUAUUCGUCGGACAAAGUGGACAGACACAACGCCGGUGUUGCCAGGGGCACGACUGCACGACACGGCCAUUGCACGGCCAUGAAGCCAGAUUUCCGCUCGAAUCGCGCCAAGCAGGGUGUAGCCCAUAUCAGCCAGACGUGUGGCCACCCGGCGUGCAUGAAGCGGCCAUCAUUCGGUAAAGCCGGCAGCAAAGAGGUAGAGUUCUGCUCUCGGCACCAGAAGCAGGGUAUGGUUGACCUCGUGAACAAGAAGUGCGGCCACCCCGGCUGCAUCAAAAGCUCGUCAUUUAGUGAACACGGCAGCACCAAGCGUGAGUUCUGCUCUCAGCACCCGAAGGAGGGUAUGGGCAACGUCGUUAGCAAGAGGUGCGGCCAUCCCGGGUGCAUGAAGCAUCCCACGUUUGGUCAAGCUGGCAGCAAGAAGGUAGAGUUCUGCUCUCCGCACGCGAAGCAGGGUAUGGUCAACGUCGUCAGCAAGAGGUGCGGCCACCCCGGGUGCAUGAAGUAUGCCACAUUUGGUCAAGCUGGCAGCACCAAGCGUGAGUUCUGCUCUCAGCACGCGAAGCAGGGUAUGGUCAACCUCGUCGGCAAGAAGUGUGGCUACCCCGGGUGCAUGAAGCAGCCGUUUUAUGGUAAAUACGGCAGCAAGAAGGCGGAGUUCUGCUCUCAGCACGCGAAGCAGGGUAUGAUCAACGUCGUCAGCAAGAGGUGCGGCCACCCCGGGUGCAUGAAGUAUCCCACAUUUGGUCAAGCUGGCAGUAAGAAGGUAGAGUUCUGCUCUCCGCACGCGAAGCAGGGUAUGGUCAACGUCGUCGGCCAGAAGUGUGGCCACCCCGGGUGCAUGAAGCAGCCAUUGUAUGGUAAAUACGGCAGCACCAAGCGUGAGUUCUGCUCUCCGCACGCGAAGCAGGGUAUGGUCAACGUCGCAAGCCAGAAGUGCGGCCACCCCGGGUGCAUGAAGCAUCCCACAUAUGGACAAGCUGGCAGCAAGACGGCGGAGUUCUGCUCUCCGCACGCGGAGCAGGGUAUGGUCAACGUCGUCAGCAAGAGGUGCGGCCACCCCGGGUGCAUGAAGCAUCCCUCAUAUGGUCAAGCUGGCAGCAAGAAGGUAGAGUUCUGCUCUCAGCACGCGAAGCAGGGUAUGGUCAACGUCGUCGGCCAGAAGUGUGGCCACCCCGGGUGCAUGAAGCACCCGGCAUUUGGUAAAUACGGCAGCACCAAGCGUGAGUUCUGCUCUCCGCACGCGAAGAAGGGUAUGGUUGACCUUAACAACAAGCGUUGCGGGCACCCAGGGUGCGUCAAAGUCUCGUCAUAUGGUGAACACGGCAGCAACAAGUACGAGUUCUGCUCUCAGCACGCGAAGGAGGGUAUGGUUGACCUUCUCCACAAGAGGUGCGGUCACUCGGGAUGCAUCAAACGGCCGACGGUUGGUGACACCGGCAGCAGAAAGGCGGAGUUCUGCUCUCAGCACGGGAAGAAUGGCAUGGUUGACCUCAUCCACAAGACGUGCGGUCACCCCGAGUGCAUGAUACAACCGUCAUAUGGUGAACGCGGCAGCAACAAGCGUGAGUUCUGCUCUAAGCACGCGAGGGAGGGUAUGAUUAACGUCGUUAACAAGAGAUGA